AUGGCCUUAGACUUCUCCGCCACUUACAAAUUGUUGGUUUUGGGCGAUUCCAAUGUCGGAAAGACGUGUAUCGUGCACAGAUACUGCGACGAGAGAUACUACGAUAUAUACAUAUCCACAAUAGGUAUUGAUUUCAAACAAAAGAUCAUAAAUUUGGAUGGUGUUCCUAUCAAGCUACAAAUCUGGGACACCGCUGGCCAGGAGAGGUUCCGGACGCUCACCACGGCCUAUUACCGGGGUGCCAUGGGGAUCAUACUUAUGUACGACAUUACCAACCUGGAGUCUUUCAACCACCUCUCUUACUGGCUAAGAAACAUCCAAGAGUAUGCAUCCCCAGACGUCAUCAAAGUAUUAGUUGGCAAUAAAUGCGAUGUCCAUGACAACCAUCGAGCUGUUCCAAAAGAAAGAGGACAAAAGAUCGCUGAUGAUUUCGAUAUGCCGUUCUUCGAAGUGUCCUGUAAAAGCAAUAUCAAUAUAGAGGAAGCUUUUCUGACUUUGGCCCGAAAAAUAAGAGAAUAUCGGGAGACUAAGGCCGAUGCAUUCGAACUUAAGGAGAGGGAUAAUGUCAUUAAGCCUUCGGAUUCCGAAACGGACGUGUCAAAGUGUAGCUGU